GCCUUCAGUUUAACGCCCAAAAUGGCGGCACGGUUGAAAAGUUUUUGCUGUUUUACCCGAGUUUGUCUUCUUUACAGUGUAUUAGUUUAAUCGUGUUGGCAGCACUGAAGCAUACCGUUUUUCACAGUGGUGGCACGUCGGUAUUUUUUCUUUAUGAUUCUCGAAUAAGUAAAAAAAAAAAAACCAGGAUGGCGUUUUGCUGUGCGCUGAGAUUCCGGCAUCACUUUACCAAUGCUAGGCUAAAGCUAACAAGCUAACUACUUUCACAUGAGUGCUGGUCACAAGCGUUAGUUAUGUCUCGUCUCACCUGGAUCUCCACGCUCAAUGUGAGGAAGAGGAUAUCGCCAUAGAAAUGGAGGAUGAUGUGAAAAAAGUGAAAAAGCCUGGUAUCGUGUCUCCGUUCAAGCGAGUCUUCCUGAAAGGAGAGAAGGGGAGAGACAAGAAGGCCCAGGAGAAGGCCACAGAGCGCAGGGCACUCCACACCGUCUCACUCUCUCAGCCCGACCACCGUAUUGACCCUGACAUCCUGCUUAAUGACUAUAUUGAGAAGGAAGUCAAAUACUUGGGACAGCUGACAUCAGUUCCAGGAUACUUGAACCCAUCCAGUCGCACAGAAGUGCUGCAGCUCAUUGACAAUGCAAGGAAGUCCCAUCAGUUGGCAGGCCAGCUGACGUCAGAGCAGGAUGCAGUGGUGAGCUUGUCGGCGUACAACAUAAAGCUUGUCUGGCGCGAUGGAGAAGACAUCAUCCUGAGAGUGCCCAUUCAUGAUAUCGCUGCCGUCUCCUACAUCAGGGACGACUCUUUGCACCUUGUGGUGAUCAAAACGGCCCAGGAGUCGGGAGGUUCUCCUUGUCCCAGCUCGUGUCCCGAUCUCAACAAGUCUCAGACCCUGAGCUCCUUAUCGGAGAGUGGAGCUGUUCUUGUGGAAGUCUGCUGUUUGCUUGUGCUGGCUGUUGAUAAUAAGGCAGCAGCAGAGGAGCUGUGUCUUCUGCUCAGCCAGGUCUUUCAGAUCGUUUACACCGAAUCAACCAUCGACUUCUUGGACAGAGCCAUUUUUGAUGGAGCAACUACACCUACCAGACACCUUUCUCUUUACAGCGAUGAUUCUUCAAGUAAAGUGGAUGUCAAGGAGGCCUUUGAAGAAGAAGCCAGCACAUUUCCUUUCCAGGUCUCUAUGGAGGCAGAAGGAAACUCUCCAUCAGCAUCGACCCCGGCGUCCCCACAGACGAAGACCGCGAGUGACGGAGAGCUCAGCACCACUGCUGCGGAGCUGCUGCAGGACUACAUGACCACACUGCGGACGAAACUAUCAUCGCAGGAGAUCCAGCAGUUUGCCACCUUGCUCCACGAAUACCGUAAUGGGGCCUCCAUUCAUGAGUUCUGCAUUAACCUGCGACAACUCUAUGGGGACAGCAGGAAGUUCCUUCUACUUGGCCUGCGUCCCUUCAUACCAGAGAAGGACAGCCAGCACUUUGAGAAUUUCCUGGAGACCAUCGGCGUGAAGGACGGCCGCGGCAUCAUCACAGACAGCUUCGGUCGUUACCGGCGCACGGCCAGCUCCGCCUCCGAUUCCACCACCAACGGCAACGGAGCGGCGGGAGGGAGCGCCGCCUCGGACGAGGGCCAGGAGGCCUCUGAGGGCGACGAAUGGGACCGUAUGAUCACCGACAUCAGCAACGACAUCGAAGCUCUCGGCUGCAGCAUGGACCAGGAGGGGGUGACGCCCUGACACGGGGAAUAACGAGCUGAGGACUCAUAAUGACAGCCACUCCUCCAAACCAACAGUAGGCGUGAGCUGAGCGGAUCAGAUGAAGGAGUUCCUUAGCACUGACCUAAGAUUUUAGCUAUUUGUAUUUUCCUCUAAUUAUCAAGAGGACGAUCCAUUUUUCCUACGCACUCAAGGAAAACCUCAACCUAUUACUAUAAAAACAUGAAGUCAACAAAUGCACUUAUGCAGACCCUGGAGAUGACAAGCAGUCAGUUGGCUAUUUUUGUAUUUCAGAGGGAUUCAUAGCCUCUGAUGUUUUUUUUGUUUUGUUUGUUUGUUGUUUUUUAAAGGUUCUUUGAUUUUGUACUCAUUUAUUGGCAGUAUCUGCCACGGCUGUCAGCAAUGUAGCGAAUAUCUCCAAGUCUUUGAGAUUCUUUCAGUCUCUUUUGAAUUCCCUCGAAGCCUCUGGAGGAUCCACCAGAGUACUGAGUACAUGUUCUAGAAGGUUAAGACUGAGGCUGUUCUUGUUUGUGCUAUCGUAAUACUAUAGGUCACUCAGCUUCAUCCAUCAUUUAUUUCACAUUCUGUGUGUCGCUGUGAGAGUGUUAACAUUUUGCUAUAUUUUGUUUUUCAAUAAGAUUUGUGUACCACUUUGUUUCACACUAUCCUUUUGUUUACUCAAUAUAUAUAUAUAUAUAUAUAUAUAUAUAUAUAUAU